AUGAAGAUUCUACACUGUUCUAAAAUUGCCAUGAACUGGAAUUUAGACAUUAUAACUAUGCCAAUUUUUAAUCAUUGUCCAGUUCAAGCUAAAGAUUAUUGUCAAAAUGGUGGAGAAUGCUUUUAUUUAUCCGGAGAUCCAAGUGUAUAUAUGUGCAGCUGUUUUAUGCCAUUCUAUGGACCACAGUGUGAACAUAAAGCUCCUGGUAAAGAUAAUCAAAUUGAAGUUGAAGAAAUACAAAAAAAUAUAAAUCAUCAUGAGAAUCAUGAGAAUAAUGAAGGUUUUAUGAUUAAAAGAUCAGUUGAUCGUGCAAUGACGCUGACUGCAUUAAUAUUCAUUGUGGUCACAUUUUUAGGAAUGUUAAUUUUAGCUUGGUAUAUUUCUAGGCGUAGACGUAAAGAUUAUGCUAGAUGGAGAAAAAUGACCGAGUUAGCAAUGAAGUCAAAUAUCAAAGAGAAAUCUGACAAACAAACACAAAUCACAUUUGAUCAUUCUGAUGAGAAGGAAGCUUCUUCAUUAAAUAAAUCGAUUCAUUCUUUGGAUAAUAACAGUCAUUUUGAUGAUGGUGAUCCUGAGGUGGAUAAUGAUAAGCAAGAUAUAGAAGCCCAAUUUGAGCAAGCCGAAACCAAUUCAGAGCAUGGUGAUCAUUGUCAAAAACAAAAUGAUGAAUAUUCCGAUCUUAAUUUGCGAAAUGAAGAAUUAUCAGUUCAGAACACUUCAAAGAUUGUGGAAACAAUCAAAUCUAUUGGUGAACUGAAUACCUGCAAAGAGAAUAACAUAAAUCAAUUCAAUUCUGAUAUAGCUAUAACUUCUAAUACUACUACUGAUAAUAAUAAUAAUGAUAAUAAUAAUAAUAAUAAUAAUAAUGUUACAGAAUUAUCAAAUAGCAAUCAUAAUGAAUUAAGUCAGAAAAAACGAACUAAAAGUAAACGAAUAGCAUCAAACUCAAACAAUCAACUUAUAUCUAAUCAAUCUGUAAUAGAUCGUAAUCAAUUAACUGAUACAUUGAAUAGUGAUGAAUAUACAGAUUUGAAUGAAGAAACAAAAGAGAUAGAUGUAAAUGUCAUAAAAAAUUCGCAUACAACAGAACUAUCAAAAAAAUCCAACAUAACAAUACGAAAUGAUGAAAUUGAUCAUAAUUUUGAUUCAUCUAAACGUCUAUCUAUAGAAAAUCAACAUCAUCUUGAUAAAACUUAUGCUCCAAUGAUUAGUAAUACGAUUGGUCGUAAAUUAUCUAAUUUAAAUUAUCCUAUAGCAAAUAUUUUAAGUAAUGCUAUUUUAGAUAGACCAUAUAUUAAUGCCGAUGAAAUUCAUACAUUAUUCGAUCCACAUUCAUCUAAUUCAACAUUAAAUCCUUAUCAUGAUUUAGAAUAUUACAAUCCGAUGAAUACAAAAAUAAGUUCAACUUUACCACGUGAUUAUAAACAAGAAAUAUAUACAACUAAUGUAAAAAAUCGUAAUAAUAAUAAUAAUAAUAAUAAUAAUAAUAAUAAUAAUGAUUCUGUCCAUAGAAACCAACCAUCUCGUUAUUUAACUAAAGAUUACAAGAGUAAUAAAUUAGUUUAUAGACAACAAGAACCAUUUAUUGUAGCAUCACAACAUGAUGCAUUAUUAUCAGAAUUAUUACAUCGAGGUAUGAAUUCAAAUCCUGGAGAAUCACGUCCAAAAAGUACAUUUUAA